AUGUCGUCUCCCGCGAAGAUGAUGCGCCGAAAGAAGAAUGUCAAGAAGGGCAUCCAGUUUUGCCUGAUGGUCUGUGGAGCCUCAGGUACUGGCCGCACCACCUUCGUCAACACGCUGUGCGGCAAGAGCGUUCUGAAUCACAAGGACUCCGACGACCCAAACGACGCUCACGUCGAGGAGGGCGUCAAGAUCAAGCCCGUCACCGUUGAGCUCGAGCUGGAUGAGGAGGGCACCCGCAUCUCCCUCACCAUUGUCGACACCCCCGGUUUCGGUGACCUCAUCGAUAACGAGGCUAGCUUCGCAGAAAUUGUCGGUUAUCUCGAGAGACAAUAUGACGACAUCCUGGCCGAGGAGUCCCGAAUCAAGCGUAACCCUCGUUUCAGGGACAACCGAGUUCACGCCAUGCUCUAUUUCAUCACCCCCACCGGCCAUGGCCUGCGAGAACUUGACAUUGAGCUGAUGAAGCGCCUCGCUCCUCGCGCCAACGUCAUCCCCGUCAUUGGUCGCGCUGACUCGCUUACACCUGCCGAGCUAGCGGAGUCCAAGAAGCUUGUCAUGGAGGACAUCGAGCACUACCGUAUUCCCGUAUACAACUUCCCGUACGACAUUGAGGAGGACGACGAGGACACAGUCGAGGAGAACGCCGAGUUGAGAGGGCUUAUGCCCUUCGCGAUCGUCGGUUCCGAGGACAUCGUUGAGAUUGGUGGCCGCAAGGUCCGCGCUCGCCAGUACCCUUGGGGUGUGGUAGAGGUUGACAACCCUCGCCAUUCUGACUUCCUCGCUAUCCGGUCGGCCCUACUGCACAGCCAUUUGGCCGAUCUCAAGGAAAUCACCCACGAUUUCCUCUACGAAAACUACCGUACAGAGAAGCUCAGCAAGUCUGUUGAGGGUGGUGCCGGCGUUGAUUCUUCGAUGAACCCCGAAGACCUCGCGUCUCAGUCUGUCCGUCUCAAGGAAGAGCAACUCCGUCGGGAGGAGGAGAAGCUGCGCGAGAUCGAAAGCAAAGUCCAGCGCGAGAUCGCCGAGAAGCGACAGGAGCUCCUUGCACGCGAGUCUCAGCUGCGCGAGAUCGAGGCCCGCAUGCAGCGCGAAGCCAGUGCCGCGGCUUCGGCCCCGACGCAGGAGACGAACACCGGUGCCAACGGAGACCACAACUAG